UUACCUUGCAUGUACGAAUUGGAACCUCUCCCUCGGAUUGUAGAUCUGAGAUCGGCAUCAGCCAUGAAUGCGGAAACGAUCAUAUGAUACUAUAAUUCAGACAGACUGAGAACGGGCGUUUAUGUUUCGACGCCAUCGUUGUUCAUCAAUGUCAUCUUCCCCAGUCGACAUCCUUAUUCUCGGUGCGGGCUGGACGUCGACGUUCCUCAUACCGCUUUGCGUGGAGAACGGUGUCAAGUGGGCUGCGACGACUCGUUCAGGAUCCACUGUCCCAUACACGACUAUCCCAUUUAACUUUGAUCAAGAUGAUGAAAGCGAAGAGAAACUGGAUGAGCAAUGCAAGAAAUUGCCGGAUGCGAAGACGGUGCUGGUGACAUUCCCAAUAAUCACCAAGGGUGCCGUGGGAAGAUUGGUGCAGGGAUAUAGAAAGGCAAGGAUGGAUGGAAAGAGCGGGCAAGAAUUGUGGGUGCAGCUCGGGACUACGAGCAUUUGGGAUAACGCACCAAAUGACCCCAGACCGACUUCGACCAACUGGUAUGACCGCCAUUCGACGUUCACAAAGACUCCACGUGUCAUUUCGGAAGAGGAACUACUAGUUUUGCCUGAGACAAAGAGCAGCGUGCUCUGUCUUUCGGGCCUGUGGGGUGGAAUAAGGGAUCCAAAGAACUAUGUCGGGAGAGUCGCACCCACGAAAGAGGCCUUAAAGGCAAAGGACGGUCUCCAUCUCGUCCACGGCCAAGACGUUGCGCGGGCGAUACUUGCGGUGCAUCUGAGCCCUUCCAAAGCAGUUGGCCAGCGAUGGUUGCUGACAGACGGGAGAGUCUACGAUUGGUGGGACAUUGCGUCAGCAUGGUCAGAGGAGAAGGCGCAGUGGGUCCGUGAACUGAUGCGCAAUGAAUCGGUCCGGGCUCUUCCGAGAGACAUUGGCACGCUUGGUCGUGCAUUAGAUUCAAGGGACUUUUGGGACACAUUUGAGCUCGUACCUGUUAAAGCAAGAGUAUAAUUCUGCUGUAAAAACUUGUAUGUUAACCUUCAAACCUGAAGCUGAAGACUGUAGUACAAC